CGGCGCUGCUUCGCUCCGGCUCUGGCUCGCCUCGGGCUCGGCUCGGGCUCCGGCGGCGCCCCCCGCGCCGGGCCCCGGGGCAGGCAGCGGUGCAUUAUGGCCCGCGCCCAAGCUCUCGUCCUGGCGCUCACCUUCCAGCUCUGCGCGCCGGAGACCGAGACUCCGGCAGCCGGCUGUACCUUCGAGGAGGUGAGUGACCCAGCAGUGCCAUGCGAGUACAGCCAGGCCCAGUAUGAUGACUUCCAGUGGGAGCAAGUGCGGAUCCACCCUGGUACCCGGGCUCCUGCAGACCUGCCCCACGGCUCCUACUUGAUGGUCAAUGCUUCCCAGCAUGCCCCAGGCCAGCGAGCCCAUGUCAUCUUCCAGAGCCUGAGCGAGAAUGAUACCCACUGCGUGCAGUUUAGCUACUUCCUGUACAGCAGGGAUGGGCACAGCCCGGGCACCUUGGGUAUCUACGUGCGUGUCAAUGGGGGUCCCCUGGGCAGCGCUGUCUGGAAUAUGACUGGAUCCCAUGGCCGUCAGUGGCACCAGGCUGAGCUGGCUGUCAGCACCUUCUGGCCCAAUGAAUAUCAGGUGCUGUUUGAGGCCCUCAUCUCUCCAGACCGCAGCGGCUACAUGGGCCUCGAUGACAUCCUGCUUCUCAGCUACCCCUGCGCAAAGGCCCCUCACUUCUCCCGCCUGGGCGACGUGGAGGUCAACGCGGGCCAGAACGCCUCGUUCCAGUGUAUGGCGACUGGCAGAGCUACGGAGGCAGAGCGCUUCCUCCUGCAGCGGCAGAGCGGGGCGCUGGUGCCUGCGGCGGGAGUGCGGCACAUCAGCCACCGUCGCUUCCUGGCCACCUUCCCGCUGGCCGCCGUGGGCCGCGCGGAGCAGGACCUGUACCGCUGCGUGUCCCAGGCCCCGCGCGGCGCAGGCGUCUCCAACUUCGCAGAGCUCAUCGUCAAGGAACCCCCCACUCCCAUUGCACCCCCGCAGCUGCUGCGCGCGGGUCCCACCUACCUCAUCAUCCAGCUCAAUACCAACUCCAUCAUUGGCGAUGGCCCGAUCGUGCGCAAGGAGAUAGAGUAUCGCAUGUCGCGUGGCCCGUGGGCGGAGGUGCAUGCCGUCAGCCUACAGACCUACAAACUGUGGCACCUGGACCCCGACACCGAGUACGAGAUCAGCGUGCUGCUCACGCGCCCGGGGGACGGCGGCACUGGCCGCCCUGGGCCGCCCCUGGUCAGCCGCACCAAGUGCGCAGACAACCAGACUGUCCGGGAGUGUGUGAAGAUGGAGCGGGGUGUCAGCCGCUACACCAUCAAGAACCUGCUGCCCUACCGGAAUGUUCACGUCCGGCUCGUCCUUACUAACCCCGAGGGGCGCAAGGAGGGCAAGGAGCUCACCUUCCAGACAGACGAGGACGUACCUGGCGGGAUCGCAGCCGAAUCCCUGACCUUCACUCCCCUGGAGGACAUGAUCUUCCUCAAGUGGGAGGAGCCCCAGGAACCCAAUGGUCUCAUCACUCAGUAUGAGAUCAGCUACCAGAGCAUCGAGUCAUCAGAUCCAGUGGUAAACGUGCCAGGCCCACGACGCACCAUCUCCAAGCUCCGUAAUGAGACCUACCAUGUCUUCUCCAACCUGCACCCAGGCACCACCUACCUGUUCUCUGUGAGGGCCCGCACAGGCAAAGGCUUCGGCCAAGCAGCACUCACUGAGAUCACCACCAACAUCUCAGCUCCCAGCUUUGAUUAUGCGGACAUGCCGUCUCCCCUGGGCGAGUCUGAGAACACCAUCACCGUGCUGCUGAGGCCGGCACAGGGCCGUGGUGCGCCCAUCAGUGUGUACCAGGUGAUCGUGGAGGAGGAGAGGCCUCGGAGGCUGCGGCGCGAGCCAGGUGGCCAGGACUGCUUCCCAGUGCCGCUGACCUUCGACGCAGCGUUGGCCCGCGGUUUGGUGCAUUACUUCGGGGCCGAACUGGCCGCCACCAGUUUGCCUGAGGCUAUGCCCUUCACUGUGGGUGACAACCAGACCUAUCGCGGCUUCUGGAACCCACCGCUUGAGCCUAGAAAGGCCUACCUCAUCUACUUCCAGGCAACAAGCCACCUGAAGGGGGAGACCCGGCUGAAUUGCAUCCGCAUUGCCAGGAAAGCUGCCUGUAAGGAAAGCAAGCGGCCCCUGGAGGUAUCCCAGAGAUCGGAGGAGAUGGGGCUCAUCCUGGGCAUCUGUGCGGGGGGACUUGCUGUCCUCAUCCUCCUCUUGGGGGCCAUCAUUAUCAUCAUCCGCAAGGGGAGAGACCACUAUGCCUACUCCUACUACCCGAAGCCAGUGAACAUGACCAAGGCAACCGUCAACUACCGCCAGGAGAAGACACACAUGAUGAGCGCUGUGGACCGGAGCUUCACGGACCAGAGCACCCUUCAGGAGGACGAGCGGCUGGGACUCUCCUUCAUGGAUGCCCAUGGCUACAGCCCCCGGGGGGACCAGCGUGGUGGUGGGGUCACUGAGGCCAGCAGCCUUCUGGGGGGCUCACCGCGGCGUCCGUGUGGCCGGAAGGGCUCCCCGUAUCACACGGGGCAGCUGCAUCCUGCAGUGCGUGUGGCCGACCUCCUGCAGCAUAUCAACCAGAUGAAGACGGCUGAGGGCUACGGCUUCAAGCAGGAGUACGAGAGCUUCUUUGAAGGCUGGGAUGCCACAAAGAAGAAAGACAAGGUCAAGAGUGGCCGGCAGGAGCCGUUGCCUGCCUAUGAUCGGCACCGAGUGAAGCUGCACCCAAUGCUGGGAGACCCCGACGCCGACUACAUUAACGCCAACUACAUAGACGGUUACCACAGGUCAAACCACUUCAUAGCUACUCAAGGGCCGAAGCCCGAGAUGGUCUACGACUUCUGGCGCUUGGUGUGGCAGGAGCACUGUUCCAGCAUCGUCAUGAUCACGAAGCUGGUGGAGGUGGGCAGGGUGAAGUGCUCACGGUACUGGCCGGAGGACUCAGACAUGUACGGGGACAUCAAGAUCACGCUGGUGAAGACGGAGACUCUUGCCGAAUACGUCGUGCGCACCUUUGCCCUGGAGCGGAGAGGCUACUCUGCCCGGCACGAGGUCCGCCAGUUCCACUUCACGGCGUGGCCGGAGCACGGCGUCCCCUACCACGCCACGGGGCUGCUGGCCUUCAUCCGGCGCGUGAAAGCCUCCACCCCGCCUGAUGCUGGGCCCAUUGUCAUCCACUGCAGCGCGGGCACCGGUCGUACAGGUUGCUACAUCGUUCUGGAUGUGAUGCUGGACAUGGCCGAGUGUGAGGGCGUCGUGGACAUUUACAACUGCGUGAAGACCCUCUGUUCCCGGCGUGUCAACAUGAUCCAGACUGAGGAGCAGUAUAUUUUCAUCCAUGAUGCAAUCCUGGAGGCCUGCCUGUGUGGGGAGACCACCAUCCCUGUCAGUGAAUUCAAGGCCACCUAUAAGGAGAUGAUCCGCAUUGACCCUCAGAGCAAUUCCUCCCAGCUGCGGGAAGAGUUCCAGACGCUGAACUCGGUCACACCGCCACUGGAUGUGGAGGAGUGCAGCAUUGCCCUGCUGCCCCGAAACCGUGACAAGAACCGCAGCAUGGACGUCCUGCCACCCGACCGCUGCCUGCCCUUCCUCAUCUCCACCGAUGGGGACCCCAACAACUACAUCAAUGCGGCCCUGACUGACAGCUACACACGGAGCGCAGCCUUCAUCGUGACCCUGCACCCGCUGCAGAGCACCACUCCAGACUUCUGGCGGCUGGUCUAUGACUACGGCUGCACCUCCAUUGUCAUGCUUAACCAGCUGCACCAGUCCAACUCCGCCUGGCCGUGCCUGCAGUACUGGCCAGAGCCCGGCCGGCAGCAGUAUGGACUCAUGGAGGUGGAGUUCGUGUCGGGCACCGCGAACGAAGACUUGGUGGCACGUGUCUUCCGGGUGCAGAACAUCUCUCGGCUGCAGGAGGGGCACCUGCUGGUACGACACUUCCAGUUCCUGCGCUGGUCCGCGUACCGGGACACACCUGACUCCAAGAAGGCCUUCCUGCACCUGCUGGCCGAGGUGGACAAGUGGCAGGCAGAGAGCGGGGACGGGCGCACUGUUGUGCACUGCCUAAACGGGGGCGGCCGCAGCGGUACCUUCUGCGCCUGCGCCACAGUCCUGGAGAUGAUCCGCUGCCACAACCUGGUGGACGUUUUCUUUGCUGCCAAAACGCUUAGGAACUACAAACCCAAUAUGGUGGAGACCCUGGAUCAGUACCACUUUUGCUAUGAUAUGGCCCUGGAGUACCUGGAAGGGCUGGAGUCAAGAUAGCGGGGGCCCCUGGCCUGGAGCACCCACUGUGCACUCAGGGUCAGGCCCACCAUCCUGGACUGACGAGGAAGACCUGUGCCCUCAACUCUGCUGAACCACAACCCCUCCCAGGGAAAGCACUGGAGUGGGCAAUGGGCCAUCUUGGUGCCGCCUUCCACUGUGGGCAGGGCCUUUUGCCAUGUAUCGUGGGCAGGCUGUGGACCAGGAGGAGCUUAGCAAGACUGCAGCCCAGCCCACUUGUAUAGAGUCCUGCAGGCCUGUGCUGAGAGGCCUGGCACUGCCUGGCAUAGUGACAGGGGCUCAUAACGGCUUGCUCUGGGGGACCUAGGCCCAAGCCUCUGUACCCCAGCCCUUGGUGGAAUGUGUACCAGAACAAGGUUGCACCCAGUGUGGCUCAACAUGGGCAGACAGUGCACUUGGCUUGGCAGCUACAAUACCAUCUGGCCCAGCCCCUGAGGGUUCUGGGGAGCCCGGGCUCUGUCCUGAUUUGCCUGUGGGCACAUCAGACUGGGCUUCCCCAGGGGGAACUGCAGCCCCUCCUGCACCCGCUGCCCCCUGCAGCCCCUGGGAUAUUUUGCUCACAACCCUUCCCACUUCUGCUUCCCUAAUGUGCGCUCUGGACCAGGACCUGCCCAUCCCUACCCUGCCCUACAUGGGGCCCCUUCCCUGCCUGACCCAAUGUCUGCAGAAUAGAAUGAUGUCACCUCAGGCCCCUCUGCCUAUAAUUUUCAGGCCACACUGGCUGGGUCCACACAGCUUGGGCCAGUGACAACAAGGCUGAACAACAGCCCCUGUGACUCCUGGUCAGGCUGCCCACUGGGGAGGGCACUAGUGGAUCACGAGUGCCCACAACCCCUAGAGUUUGAAGGUAUAUUUUGGGAUGGAGAAAUAAUGCUUUUUGUUUAUUUUGUUAUUUUUUUGAUGGGUGGGUGGGAAGAUCUCUUUAAAAUGGGGCAGGCCACACCCCCAUUCCGUGCCUCAAUUUCCCCAUCUGUAAACUGUAGAUACGACUACUGACCUACCUCGCAGGGGGCUGUGGGGAGGCAUAAGCGGAUGUUUGUAAAGCGCUUUGUAAAUAAAUGUGCUCUCUGAAUGCCA